UUUGCCGGUCCAUACAAUUUGAACUGAUAACAACCAUCAUGUACUAAUAUCAGAGUUUACACAAUUCCUUGCUUUAGAAUGUCAGUGUCACAGUAGCCAUGAAAACGUCGGUAUUAUUGGUGUCGUUUGUGCUGGCGGCAUUUUUCAAUGUCGGAAAUGCUUCGAAAAUUCUUUUCGUCCAGGCGUUUUGUGCCCAUAGUCACUAUACCUUGGGGGUGACCAUCGCCAAUGAGCUUGCAGCGAGGGGCCACCAAGUUACUCUUAUUGCCCCCUAUAAGCAGGAGAAGCCUCAUAAGAAUUUAAAGGAGGUCAUUGUGGACUCAUGCACUACAGUGUCAGAUCUCAAAGGCGACCUUUACGAAAUGGGUCAGAUGUCAUAUUGGGGCCAAAUGCAUGUGGCAUCAACAUUUGGCUUUCUUUCUUCUGACAAAGUGCUAGCAGAUCCUCAGAUCCAGAAGCUUCUUAGUUCCGAUGAACAUUUUGAUCUGGUGGUAUUGGAACAUUUCUUCAACGAGCCCUUAUUUAUCUUUCCUUACAAAUUCAAGUGCCCUUCUGUGACCAUAGCACCAGGACCUAUGACUGUAUUCACCAACCAUUUGAUGGGAAACCCAGCUCCACCUAGCUAUGUGCCCACUAUACUAGCUGAUUAUGGCAUUCAUAUGAGCUUCUGGCAGAGGAUGAAGAAUACAUACAUCAAUCUAUUAGGUGAUUUCUUCGUGCACUUUGAACUGCUACCUACGAUGAAUAACAUGCUACAAAAGCACGUACCUGACGCACCAGCAAUAACGGAUAUUAUCUAUAACAAUAGUUUGAUGUUGCUCACUUCACACUCAAGUUUCGGAAAUCCCGUACCUUUACAACCUAACAUUAAGGAGAUUGGAGGUCAUCAUAUUUUGCCUCCUAAAGAGCUGCCCAAGGAUAUAAAAGACUUCUUGGAUUCCGCAAAAGAAGGUGCUAUAUUGUUUUCAAUGGGAUCCAACUUGAAGAGUGCUGACUUUCCAGAAGACAAGAAAAAAGCAAUACUGAAAGCAUUCUCUAAAAUAAAGCAGAAAGUAUUAUGGAAGUUUGAGGCUGACUUGCCAAAUAAACCUAGUAAUGUUAAAAUUAUGAAGUGGCUGCCACAAAAAGAUGUAUUAGCACACCCAAAUGUGGUAGCAUUCAUAAGCCACGUUGGACUCUUGGGAACUCUAGAGGCAGUAUCCGCUGGUGUACCUAUUCUGGGCCUUCCUGUAUUUUGGGAUCAAGUCAAGAAUAUCGACGAUGCUGUUGGGAAAGGAAUCGCAGUGAAACUCAAUUUCUUCGAACUGAACGAGGAAACUUUCGAUAAAGCUUUGACCGAAGUCCUAAAGAAUCCAAAGUAUCGAGCCAAUGCGAAGAGACGAUCACAGCUAAUGCACGAUCAGCCCAUCAAGCAAAUGGAUGAAGCUAUUUUUUGGAUCGAGUACGUCAUCAGGAAUCACGGCGCGUACCAUCUGAGAUCAUCGGCGGUAAAUCUUAAGUGGUACCAGAGAUAUCUUGUGGACGUCAUUGCAUUUGUUGGUGGUGUUUUAGUAAUCGUACUUCUAAUUUUUUAUAAACUAAUGGGCGUUUUGUUUGGAUCGAAAAAGAGUGACAAACACGUUGGAAAAAGUAAAAAGAAUAAUUGAUUUCGAAUGAUUGGGAGUAUAGGAUUAAGAUGUCAUCUAGUCGGCUGAAGUGGUAGUAGUAGUACAGGUAAGCUGUCUCUCCAUAAUGAUCCAAUGUUAACUUGUAUAACUAGUAUAGAACAUAUUGCUAACAACAUAUAAAAACCUAACACAUAAUAAAACAGUUUGGUUGGACGCGAAUGGCCAGGCAGUGACAAUGACGUGAAUGGACAAUGUUGAAAAAAAAAUAAAAUAGAGCGCCCUUAACAUCAUUGGCCGGGAAAUGAUGUUAAGCCCCUCAAGCAGCAGUCACUGAUGAUUCAGUAGCAUCUAAGGUUAUAUUACACAUAAUGGGUAGUUAUGUUUCUUUUUGUUCACAUAGGCACUGAUGACUUGACUCCACUUUACUAUUCGAACCGGUAUGAAAUUCUGAUGAAAUGUGACUUCCAAGAAGUAUUAAUGUAAUUUUAGAAGCUAAUCGUUCUGACAACGAAUCGCUUUUCAACGCUGAGUAAUUAUAUGAUCAAGUUCUACCAAAGCGCCGCUCAUUUCGAUUGGUCGGAAAUCAGAUCAUCAGAGUCUUUAUCUGGCACGAACACAUGUCAUCAAACACGGCAGCUGCUGUGGAAAAGCUAGCCUAUUUGUUUAGGGCUGAGGAGUAUAUUUAUCGACAUAAUCUCCUCACUCUGUACAAGUCCCAGAUAAGACCUAGCCUUGAGUACUGCUCACAUGUUUGGGGUUCCGCCGCCUCGAUUACAUUACCCAUGCUCAAUGCUGUCAGAGACUGUCCGACUGCUCGAAGACUCUUCUCUCACGGACCAUCUCAGGACCCUUUCGCACCGACGGGUGGUCGGCACUCUGGCUACCGCUAUAGCAACGGGCCGUGCUCCCUGUGCUCCAACAGCCUUCUGCCUCCCAUGCUGACUCUAGCGAACUCUGUACAUCCAAAACUGGCUAGUACGACCACUCCAGGGUGUCAAAAUUGUAGAACAGGAGGAGGCUUCAUCAAGUUCUAUAAACCUCAGGUAGUCAAAAAAAUGGAUUAAAUAAGUUCCUUUAAGCUCCUGAUUGCUAGCCGCGGUGCCCUGGUAUUUAGACCUCUUCUUAUGCGGCUGCUUCAGUGUAAAAAAGCAACCAUAUUACUGAGAGGCAGAUACAUUGGUGUCAACUCCAGGAUCCAGGUCUCAAUGGACUUUGUUUUGACAUGGUUGUUUUUUCGUUACUACAGGCUUGGUUCGUAUUAUUUUCGAAUUUCCAUAUCCUGAGGACAAGGGCGGAACCAGUUGUGAAGUCAGGGGGGCAAUAAGUCACAGUGACAGAUUUAUGAAGCUGUCUAGAGGAGGAGGCGAUGAAUUCCUGAAGGGAGGGGGGCUAUCGGUGGUUAAAAAUUGGGGAAGGAGGGACUGGCCAAUCUCUUGAUUUGCCCAGAACGGCAGGGGGGGUCAUGAAACUGAGUGCGCAGUUCAAAUACAACUAAUGCUGACCGCCCUACACACAUUUAUUACUGAGUCAUUUAAGUGCUAUCAUCCAAUAUUUUCGGUUAUUGCCGAUUUGCGACUGUGAUGACACAAUGGCAGAGGCGUACGAUGGAUAUGCAAAUAAUUGUGAAGAGAAUGCAUUAGAUUAUUGGAUCAAAGGGAGAGAAUAAUAUAAUUGUUAUUCGUGUGGUACUAAUGUCUGGUUGCAUAGCCUUUCUCAAUUCUACCGCUCAAAAUUUGAAAAACUACGAAGAUUCUAAAAAUUGUGCAGGUUUUAAGAAUUUUGAAAACUGAACUGGAAGGAAGACUUGAGUGAUAUCCAAUACUUCUCUAGUGGUUAUGAAGUCAAAGAGGAGGUAAAUCGCCUCCUCAAAGGGUUGGCGGCAAAGCUCUAUGAUAUUGGGAUACAAACAUUGAAACACUGUCUACAAAAAUGGCGAUGUUGUAGAAAAAUAGGGCAAAGCUUCAUCUUUGCAAUGAUGUAAAUUUCUAUAAGAAUAAAGCCGAAUAUUUUUAAAAUUGAUGGGAAACUUAUUUCUGGAUCAAUCCUCGGAUAUAGUAACUCUUUAUGAGAAUCACGUCUGCAACUACAAAUUUGUUGAUUGUCCAGGUCGUGUGUCAUUAUCAUAGGUACACGAUAUAAUGUGAUAUAAUUAUGAAUGUCAGUCUGUCAUCAAUUUACCUGAAUAGGUACAUAUAUAAUAUAUAUAUAUAUAUAUAUAUAUAUAUAUAUAUAUUUCUCGUAUGAUGUGAGGUCUCUGUAAAAUGUAUUGAUAUUUCAAACUUUCCGAACAGUAUUUUGACAACAGAAUUUGGCACAGUGCACUGCCGGGUUGUCAAACCAAAAGACAGGCAGACGACUUUUCUGGCUACUCUCAUCCGUUUAUUUUAAGUUCCACUCAAGUUUUAAGUGAAUCUGUUGCAACAGAAAUAUCGUAAUUGAGGAUCACAUUAGCUAAAAGUCGAUCUUAGCAAGGCAGUAAAACUGGGAAUACGAGUAAGAUUAGUCUCUAAUGACGUCUAUAUCCUCAUAUUUAUAUUUGUGAUACGCUUAGAUAAAUUGUAUGCAAUAGUUCAAAAUAAAUUAUGCCGCUGGUUGUAAUCUGACUAUGUCAAUAACAUUGACCUAUUUUAUACAUAGUAAUUAAAUACCAUGUUGCUUGAUCA